AUGUACUUAUACCAGGUGAGCAAACAUCUACUACGUGACACAGACAUAGUUUUCACAUUUUUAAAUAAAACCAUAUGAUUUCUUCCUUAUAAUUGAUGGACUUAUGAGGUAUGUUCUAGGAACGAAGAAACAUGUUCAAAGAGAUUCAGUAACCCAUCCAAGGUCAUAUAGCUGAUAAGCACCGGAUAAGUGGUCAGGAUUUGUUCCAGGUUACAAAGUUCAUGCUUCUUUCACAGUCCUGCAGGGGCAAUGUGGAGAAGGGGAACAGGGAAAGGGACAGCCCUGGGGAUUGGUAUCCUUAGCCAGCCUGGCUCGGCAGCCUGUGGGUACCGGGGUCUGGCCUGAAGUCACUUUGGGAGUCCACCGUGCCUUCUGGCGUCCACUCUGACACAAGGAUACGCCGAGAGCGGAGGUUGGGGACAGCGCGGCUCCGGACUACAAGUCCCACAAUGCCACGGGCCGCCGCGGCGGAGAAGGAGGGGUGCUUCAGGUACUUGCGACCUCGGCGCCUCCUGCCCGGAAGUGCCCCAGGGGCCGAGAUGGAGCUGGCAGAACCGAAGGCUCGGUAGCGGUGCGGUUAAGGCAGGCGUCAUGACCCUGAUUGAAGGGGUGGGUGAUGAGGUGACCAUCCUUUUCUCGGUGCUUGCCUGCCUUCUGGUGCUGGCCCUUGCCUGGGUCUCAACACAUACUGCUGAGGGCACGGACCCACUGCCCCAGCCCUCAGGGCCCCCAGCGUCAGUACCACCCGGCGAAGCCAUGGCAGCUACUGAGAGCAUCAGAGGGGAGGCCCCAGGGUCCGAGACCCCCAGCCUGAGACACAGAGGUCAAGCUGCACAGCCAGAACCUAGCCUGGGGGUCACAGCAACACCACCACCCUCGGACUCCCCACAGGAGCCCCUAGUGCUACGACUGAAAUUCCUCAAUGAUUCAGAGCAGGUGGCCAGGGUCUGGCCCCAUGACACCAUUGGCUCCUUGAAAAGGACCCAGUUUCCUGGCCGGGAACAGCAGGUGCGACUCAUCUACCAAGGGCAGCUGCUAGGAGACGACACCCAGACCCUGAGCAGCCUUCAUCUCCCUUCCAAUUGCGUUCUCCACUGCCAUGUGUCCACAAGAGUCGGGCCCCCACAUCCCCCCUGCACCCCUGGCUCAGAGCCAGGCUCCUCCGGGCUGGAAGUAGGCAGCCUCUUGCUGCCCCUGCUGCUGCUGCUGCUGCUACUACUAUGGUACUGCCAGAUCCAGUACCGGCCCUUCUUCCCCCUGACGGCUACCCUGGGCCUGGCCGGCUUCACCCUGCUCCUCAGUCUGCUGGCCUUUGCCAUGUACCGCCCGUAGUGCCUUCACGGGCUCAUGGCAGUAUUGCUGGCCUCUCCGGACCUUGCUCCCUCCACCGUGGUCAGAGCUGCUGUCUGCCCAGAUCUGCCUCUCUGGCCUGCUUAUUUCCACUACCCUGAAGCCCAGCCCUGCGUCAGAGGACUCCGGGGGGCUGGCAGAGGCCCCUCCCUGUGAUCUCCGUGGCUCUGGGACACCUCCUGGGGCUGCUGGCCCACAGCCUCCACUGACAGUCGGCUCCUCAGGGUCAGGCACAUGCUGUCCCCAUCUGGGCCUUGGGCGGAGCCGGGCCACCCCCCUAGGCUGGUCUUGGUGUCUUUCCCGAGGACCCAGACCCCUCUAGUUCCUGACAACUCCUUGGGCAGAUUUAGGGACCCAAGGACUUCGGGAGGCUGAUAAAGGGGAGCUGAGAGGGGUAGAGUUCUCUGAAACGUGUGCACAUUAAAGUAACUGUGAAGUUUUC